CUGACGGAGAUCAGCACGAAGCUGAAGAUUCCUGUCGGCGAAGACCUGCUGCGCUUCUGGGAGAGUGACGAGCACAAUCGCAAACAGCUGGAGAGCGAAGCGUAGCGGCUGCAGGCUAAAGUGCUGAUGGACAGCAGAGCGGCGGCCGGAGAGAUAACUCUGGAGAUGAACAUUAGUGUAAACACACUGGCGGCUCUGCACAUCGCCCCCUACUGGAAGACCCGCACCUCCAGGGGAAUAGAAGCCAUCCUGAGUCGAUUUGACACCACGGAGCUGAGCGUGGAGAUGGAGGUCUGGAGGAGAGCAGAGGAUGCCUGCCGCCGCUGCAAGACAGCCGAUAUGGCACUCUCAUACAGUGAAAACCGGUCUGCAGUCACCAUCGCUGGAGAAAAAGACCAGGUCAGGAUCCUCUCAGAGCAGAUCCGGCUGCUGGUGGAGAACGCAGCCGCAGAGCUGGAGCAGGAGAGUAACACGGUGCAGAUCCGGCUGGACAACAGAGAGACGUUUGAGCUCAUCUGCGAGCACCUGCUGGGGGAUCUGCCACAGGUGGAUCUGUCCUAUGAUGAGGAGCAGCAGACGGUUUCCCUCCGAGGACUGAAGGAGAGCGUGGAUUCAGCACAGACGCUCAUCAGACAGGCUCAGCAGAGCUUCAUCACGCACCGGAUCAUGCUUUCUGCUGCUCUCCAACACUUCACACAAUCGGUGGAGCUCCGACAGCUGGAGGGAGAACUCCUGCCCGAACACACCCCGGCCCGACUGCUGGACUGCAAGGACGGUCUGGGGCUCGUGCUGGAGAAGAAACACCUGCAGGCCACCGAGGACAGAAUCAGGCAGAUUCUGGAGGAGCAGGUUAUCCAGCUGUCCUCAGGUCAGUGUGAUGAGAAAUGGACACGCUUCCUCGGGAGUCUACAGAAGCAGAGCUCUCCCGGCGUCAGCAUCACGACCGCAGACACACAGAUCACCAUCUGCGGAUUCUCCAAUGCCGUCGCUGAGGCUGCAGGAAAGGUGAAGCGUUACCUGGAGCAGCGGGAGCCCAUAACCGAGAGCGUCCUGCUGAGGUCUGAGCGAGAGGCUGAGUUUGUGGAGGCCUGUCUGCGUCUGUCUGAACUCCCAGAGCUCCAGAGCCUCAGCGCCACAGUCCUCGUCCACAGAACAGCAGACGGUCCUCGCCUUAAGGUGACGGCGGACAAACAGCACAUCCAGGAGGCUGUCGAAGUCGUGCAGAAGCAGCUGGCGGCUAUUAUUGUAGAGAAACACGAGUAUGGCAGAGCAGGAGAAGCAAAGAUUCUGGAAAAACACCGGGGCGCUGUGAGGACGAAGGCACAGGAAAGACACUGUGGAUUGUUCUUAUCACAGAAACCCCCAGCGGCCUCGGCACCGCCACUGAGCUUCACACACAGAAUAGGCAAACGCAUGAGUCUGAGCAUCACUGAAGGAGCCCUGCAGCACCUCGCGGCCGACGCCUUACUCUGCCCGCUGGACAGCAAGCUGGGCUUCAGUGACCCCGUCGCUCAGGCUGUUCUCCACUUCAGGGGCGAAUCCAUCGCAGACACGUGUGGAACUCAGAAAAGUCCUCAGCCUGGAGACGUGCUGCUCGGCUCCGCAGGGAGACUCGGUGUCGGGAUGCUGCUGUUGGCUGUGCUGCCGCAGAAGGGUCAGCCUCAGGACUCUCAGCGGCUUCAGUCCGCCGUCUGCAACAGUCUGCGGAAAGCAGAGGAACACUCCUGCUCCUCCAUCGCCCUUCCGCCAGUCGGCUGUGGAACCUUUGGGUUUUCUGUCACAGAAAGCUGCAUGGCGAUCCGAGCCGCGGUUCUGCAGAUCUCUCAGAGUCCCCUGAAAAACCUUAGAAACGUCACUAUAGUGGCUCCAGACCAGAGGAUGGUGGAGGAGUUCAACACACGGAUCCAGGAGCUGGGAUUUCCUCUACAGCCUGUGAAGCGUAGACGCGGAUCAGACAGGAGAGUGCUGAUCAAUGGUGUGCCGAUACUCCUCAAGAAGGGCGACAUCACCAAAGAGGCGGCGGAUGUUAUAGUGAACUCGACCAACAAGACUCUAGAUCUGAACACAGGUGUUUCUGGAGCCAUCCUCAAAGCUGCUGGGAGAUCAGUUGUUGACGAGUGUAAAAAGCGAGCUCCUCUACCGGCAGGUGGUGUGCUCCUGACCUCUGCUGGAGAUCUUCAGUGCCGCAGCAUUGCUCAGAUGGUUGGACCGGAGAACAUCACAGACAUCACACACUCUCUGGGGAAAAUCCUGAACCUCUGUGAGGAAAAACAGGCCACGAGUCUCGCUAUUCCUGCUAUCGGAACAGGGCGCGGAGGCUUCAGCCCCAGAGACUCGAUGCGGGCGAUGCUGACGGCGCUGCAGACACACCUGACGGAGCCCAACUCCUCCACCCUCAGCAGAAUCACUGUGCUGGCCCUGCAGCAGGACACCUUCCAGGCCUUUCGCCACUGCUUUAAAGAGUGGAACCAGCCCACACACGGCAAGAUGCCCGAGAAUCAAGUCAAAAUCAGAAAUACCACAAUCGAGGUGAGGAAGGGCAGCAUCACGACUGAAAGCGUGCGAGGAAUCGUCAACACCACCAACAGAGACAUGAGUCGGAGAGGAGGUGUUUCAGGUGCCAUAUUUAAAGCAGCGGGAGCGUCUGUGGAGCAGGAGUGUCGAAAACACGGCCCUCUGCAGGGUGAUGACGCCGCAGUGACUGCCGCUGGACUCCUGCACUGUGACCUGAUCCUCCACAUGCUUGGCCCACACUCUGCCGCAGAGAGCCGGACACGCGUGAGGAAGGUUCUGGAGCGCUGCGAGGAGAAGCAGAUCACCACCGUCUCCUUCCCGGCCAUUGGCACUGGAGGUGGAGGUGUUCAAGCUGUAGAUGCGGCCACUGCGAUGCUGCAGGGCUUUGCGGAUCACCUGACUAAAAGCACCUCAUCGGUGGUCAAGCUCAUCUACAUCGUGAUCGACCGCGACAACAUCUUGCAGGAGUUCCUGAAUGGCCUCAAAACCUGGAGAGCAAACGCAGAGACCAGCAGAGCUGAAGAAGACAAUGAAGAUGAAGAGGACUGCAGCUCCUCAUCUGAUCCAGAAGCUGACGCAGAGGCAGUGGAGGUGUUUCUGGGCCCGCUGACCAUCAGGGUGUCCUCUGGAGACAUCACCAAGGUGAAGGUGGAGGCCGUGGUCAACAGCACCAACACAAGCCUCAACCUCAGCUCAGGUGUCUCAGGUGCGAUUCUCAAAGCAUCUGGACCAACAGUGGUCAAGGAGUGUAAAGCCAAAGCGCCUCAGCCUGAGGACGGUGUGGUCCUGACCAGAGCUGGAAACCUGACCAACUGCACACACAUCGUCCACAUGGUUGGACAGACCAGCAGGACGGGCAUCCGCAGCUCCAUGGCUAAAGUGCUGAAGACCUGUGAGGAGAACCACAUCCGGUCGGUCUCGUUCCCGGCUCUGGGAACAGGAGCUGGACAUCUGCCCGCAGCCGCAGUCGCUGACGCAAUGACCACAGCUCUGGCUGACUUCGUGAAGGACUCGCCCAAACAUCUGAAGCGUGUCCACAUCGUGAUCUUCCAGCCGAAACUGCUGCCCGACUUCCAGAAGGCCGUGAGGAGCUGCAGGAGGAUGAUGGUGUCAGCAGGUCAGGUCAAGGUCAAACCGCUGCCGGCUCUGUGUCUAGCGAGGGAAUCGGCUGCGGUGUCGUUCCCUGUGAUGGAGAUGGAGGUGUACGGGACGUCCGGAACACAGCUGGCGGAGGUGAAGAGUCUGCUGGAUGACCUGCUGUCGGAGGAGAGCGAGAGCAAAGAUCUUCAGUCCAGACACAUCGCAGACCUGACGGAGAGUGACGCCGAGGCCGUGGUGAAGCUGAGCCGGGCCGGGCAGGUCAGAGUGCAGAUGGAGAGUCUGGAGCAGCUGACGGUGUCGGGCAGGAGGGAGGAGGUGCUGGAGGCCGCGCUGAAGAUCAGCCUGCUGCUGCAGGAGGCGCAGGAGCGGGCGGCGCGCGGGGCGGCGGUGCAGCGGCUGCGGGACACUCUGAGCUGGGAGAAGCUCACAGGAGAACGCUGGACGCCGCUGGAUCCCUCCGUCAGCUACGACAUGGAGCUGGCCUUCCACCGCCAGCAGAAGAGCUUCCAGUUCCAGCAGGACGGAGAGAUGUUCACGGUGGACUUCAGCCGCAUGGAGCUCUGCAGCAGCGCACAGGAGACCACCAGGGUCAAGAGGAGUCUGCGGGGGGACUCGGACACGGCCAUCAUUCAUCCUCCUCCAACAUGGAGCAAAAUGGACGGGCGUGAUUGGGCAGUGGUCACCCUGCAGAGCCAUUCAGAGGAAUAUCAGAGGAUAGAGGCAGAGUUCGUGCGGUCCAGCAAGCACCCCGGCGUGCGUCCUGUACAGGUGCAGCAGAUUGACAGGGUUCAGAGUCAGUCUCAGUGGCAGAGAUACAGCGUGCUGAAGCAGGCCGUGGAUAAGAAAUACCCCACCCAGAGCAACGAGCGUCUGCUUUACCACGGCACCACCAGAGAGAUCAGCCACAAGAUCAACAAGAACGGCUUCAACCGCAGCUUCUGCGGGAGGAACGCUGUGGCUCACGGGGACGGCACAUACUUCGCCCGGGACGCCUGGUACUCAUGUCAGGACCAGUACUCGAGUGUGGACGGGUCGGGGCUGCGGUGUGUGUAUCGGGCACGGGUGGUGACGGGUGCGAUGUGUAAGAGCCGCGCGGGCAUGAAGGAGCCAGAGCCGCUGGACGCCACAGACCCGCAGGCCGGACUCCACGACUGCGCCGUCGACAGCCUGCAGAAACCCUUCAUAUUCGUGGUGUUCUGCGAUGCCGGAGCCUAUCCUGAAUACCUCAUCACAUUCAAGUCCAUAUAGACAAAGUUGAGAGUAAAUGUUGAUUUUCUGGGUGAACUGACCCUUUAAUUAAAGAUAUACAUGUAUAAUAAUGUGUGAACUGAGCAGUGCCUUUACAGUGGGUGGAUAUUGAUCCCGUCCGCUGAUGUGACUCAGAUGCUGCUGUGUUUAGAUAACGUUUGAUAAACCGACUCAUUAAAACUGAUUAUUAUUGUCAUCUCAGGUCUGUUAAAUAAAGAUUCAUAAACUCUUCA